CUGACAAGUAACUGUUUAUAUCCAUUUACAAUUAUUUCGACUCAAGAUGAAGUUCUUUGCCGUGCUUUUGAUGGCCACCCUUAUGUGCUUCAUACAUGCAAGUAAACUCAACGAACUUUGCAGUAGCCAUAAAGAAUGCGGACAAAAGGGCUUAGGGUGUUUUAAAAGUAAGUGCCAAUGGACCCAGAACUAUUUAUCCAAUAAAGAAGACAGCGAUUCCUACUACGCCAAAGAAUUGUUAGAUCCCUGCACUACGAAUGAACACUGUAGCCGUGUAAGUAUUGAUGCUAAAGAUGCUACAGUAACCUGCUUCAAUAUGGCAUGCUACAAAACGUAUUAUAACAAACAUUAA